GGUUUUGGAGAGGAUAGCCAUCGCCCUGCACGUGAAGGGACUAAACCUCAACGUGCGCAGAAACCAGGGUGUGACGUCUCAAGGGAACAAGUCCACAGAUACUACCGGCUCACCACAAUAGGGUUAGCUCUGCUAUGUGCAAUCCUAUUGGCUGUCAUGAUAGCUGUGUGGGCCCAUUACCAGCCCUCCUGUAGUGCUGAGAUGAGCCCUCUUCUUGCCAACCUCACCCACCAGAACAGGAGUCUGCAGCUGCAGCUGCAGUGCAGUGUGUUACGUGCUCAGAGGGACAGCCUGGCUGCCAGCCAGAAGACGGACGCUGAGAGGAUUAGCCAGAUUCAAAGUGAGCUAGAGGCUCUGCGCAGCAGGAUUGAGGACACGUGUCCUGAUGGGUGGAGGAGACUGGGCUCCAGCAUCUACUUUGUCUCCACGGGAACAAUGAGCUGGAGCUCCAGCAGGAAGGACUGCAGAGAGAGAGGAGCAGACCUGGUGAUCAUCAACAGCAGAGUGGAGCAGGAGUUUGUUAAUACCCUGAGUCAGCAUGUUUGGAUCGGCCUGACUGAGCAUAACACAGACAGUAUGUGGAAGUGGGUGGACGGCACACAGUUGAGUACUGGGUACUGGGCGCCCGGGGAGCCCAAUGAGUAUCGGAGCGGGGAGGACUGCACUGUGAGUCGGUCCAGCUCCGGCUCGCUCAACUCCUGGAAUGACGAACGGUGCCACACAGAGUACGCCUGGGUGUGUGAGAGGGUGGCCUGCACUGACCACUAGAUGCUUCAUUCACCUCCUCUCACACACACACAAACACAAACAAACAUGCACACACACAAACACAGUAUGUGAUCACAUAAAAAUAUUUUUUAUGAAUCAUUGAAAGGCAGUAUUAUAUAUAUAUAUAUAUACAGUAUUUAUAUAUAUACUGUAUUUAUAUAACCUUUCCUGUCAUAUAAUAAUAAUAAUAAUAUGUUUAUUUUAUAUAGCGCCUUUCUCAAACCAAAGUUCACUUUACAUAGUAAGGAAAAAACAGUACAAACAAAGAAGACACAAGAAAAUAAGAAAAUACAACAAUGAGAACACAAAAAACAGGCAAACAAUACAACAAAGAGAGCUGAUGGUACAGGGUUAUGUGUUGGGUGUGGAGAAGUGAUCAUUAAACAAAAAGGUCUUGAGAUGCGUUUUGAAGAAAGGAAGAGUCACUUUUAAAGAAGCUGCUCUAUUUGAAGUAGCUUGACUUAUCCACAAAGUUCAUUGUUUUGUGAAUUAGCUCAGGCAUAUCCACUUCUUAAGCUGAGCUCAGCACGAGAUCAUUACUGUGAGGUGUACUCUACAUUUCUACGAUUGUUCUGAUCUCUGAAUUCUGUGACAACCAUGAAAUAAAAAAGCCUCUGAUGCUAGACUGGUUUGUUUGUUGUAAACAACAGCUUAUUUUAUACUAGUAGACUGAUUUGUUAGUUGUAAAUAACAGCUUAUGUUAUUACAGGCUGAUUUGUUAGUUGUAAAUAGGCUAAAAGCGUAUUUUAUAAUAGCGGUUUGUGUGAAUAAAAUCCUUUUUUUUCCCUAAUUUGUUAGUUGUUAAUAAAAGCUUUUAGCACUGUGAUAAAUCCUUGUCAUUUCACAAGUCCCCUUCUGCAUCAGGAAAU